CACAAGACCCGCUGAAAUUUAAAGUUAGAGGAGGAGAUUGAACGUUUGUGUCAACAAGAAGGUUAUUUCUUCCGUCUUAUUGUCGUUAUUGGUUUUGAAACUGCAGUUUUAUACAGACAUCGUCUCAGGUCAGUUUUACUUUGACUUUUUUCAGUUCAACAUGGAAGCCAGAGAGGAAGAUGGUGGCAAAGCCAACGCUAACUUGAAAAGGCAGAGAGAACCUCUGUCAGACUCCGAAGGCAAUGCUGUCCCAGCCCCAGAAAUGAAAGAUGGGCUGAAGCGGCGGCGUUUGGAGGCAGCUGGUAGGGAGAACCAAAGUCCUAAACCGUCCACCUCUGGAAGACUGGCUGCGCUACAGACAAAACCAGACACGCCGAUGAUUCCCUCGGUCCGUUCACGAGUUCAGCUGCUCGCCCAGAGAAGAGAUGUUCAGCGUUGCUUUUCUGAUCCCGGAGCUGAAGGUUCAUCAGUUAAUACCAAAGACAUCAAAGGGCAUCUCCUUGGCGAAGAAGAAUUUAAUGAAAGACUGGAGCGUUUUAAAGCACCUGUUUUCCAGGCCAGCCCCACCCCAGCAGAGAUUCCUGCCAAUCCCAGCCCACGGGCCCGCUCCCGCUUCGUCUCUGGCAUUCAGCAGAAACUCCAGUGCUCAACAACCCCCAGCUCGAAGCAGGCUUUCAGCAUACGCCAGGAACGAGAACGGGAGCUGAACCAGCUGUCUUUCCAGCCAAUUAGUGAGAACGCCUGGCUGAAAAGGAGCAACUCCGAUUCAUCAUUAACAAGCCAGCGAAGGACCCCUGCUGGCUCUUCAUCACCUACCUUGUCAGUUGCAAGAUCUAAAAGGAAGGUUUGUUGGCCUCCCGUGCAGCCGUCUGAUCAGGUUCAUGAUGAUGAUGAUGAUGAUACUGAGAUGAAAGAUGGCAGUUUCAUUGAAAUGCUUAAAUCAGCCACAGAGGGGCCUGCAAAUCCCACUGGUGAAGGAACGUCCUCUGAAUCUGCUGCUGUUGCAUCUGCAGAGAAACAAAAUGCUCAUCGUGAUGAGGAAGGUCAGGAGAAAGAACACAAGGCAGCAGAUGUGAAUAAAGAGCAGCCAGGUUUCCUACAACCAGAAGCUCUGGCUGUACUACAGCUGUCUUUCAGUGAGGAGCACAGUUUGUCUGAGCUGCAAACAGCUGAGAGGGACGGCUUCUUACAAUCAACCCUCCUAGAUGAGUCCAACACAAAGGAAACGAGUCAGGUUUUCAGAGGAACUGAAGACAAAUCUGAGGUGUUUACUUUUGAUGAAGAGGAAACAAUGAAUUGUUCUUCAUACAGUGAGGAGGGGAUUGAACCUUCAACCGAUGAGGAAUUAAGGGUAUGGAGAUAUCCUCAAGGCAAGGUGGUUGAGGAUGAGGAAGAAAGGCAGCUUUUAACUAACAAGGAGGGAAGGGAGUUAGAAACAUUCAGCGAGGACAAAGAUAAAGAAGAUGGCUUUACGAGGUACAACAAACCUGCUGAUCCUCACGCAGAUAUUUCCAGUGAGGCUGAUGGCUCUCCGGAGCCGCAGAAUCAUGGUAAUCUGACACCUGAGAUGAGGAGCAUGGUAGAUGAUUCUGUGAUGGAGAAGGCUGAUGUUGAUGAAGAAACGCUGAAGUCCCGUGAAAGCUGCGGUGUGGGAAUAUUGAUCCGAAACAACGAUGCAUUUCAACAGUGGAAGGAGAGCCAGGCAGGCAGUGUGGAACGUGAAACUCGAGCUUUAAGAGACUCGAGACCAGAAGCACAGUCAGGGAGCGCAGACCAUGAUGCGGGAACUCAUUCUGAUGGAAACGAUGGUGAAGCUCAGAGGUCAACAGAGAUCCAGCUAGACUCCGGUGAGAUGGAGGCGGAUUCAUCAGGUGUAAGGCAGGAUUAUGUAAACAAGCUGGCAGCAGGAAGUCAGAGGAUAGAAAACCCAAAGAGAGUCACCUUCAUCCUGGAGCCCGAGCUGAUUAACAGCUCGCCCGUGACUGAGAGCGAUACCUCAAUGGAGUCCAGGACUGAGACAAGUCUGUCAGACGAUGGAUUGAGCUCUCACGAUGAGACCGGGACCGCUGAAGUAAUCGACAAGAUGUUUGAAGAGGUGCUGGAAUGUGCCGGAAAUGUGGAAGAAAAGGAGCGAGUGGAUGAAGAUGCAGAGGACUGCGAUAGUGGUAUCGGUGCUUGCUCUGGAGAUAAAGACAAGAUGGACACCGACGUGCAGAAGGAGACGAGUGAAGAAGCAACAGAAGAGGGGAAGGAUGAAAGCAACAAGCUGGACAGUUAUGGAGAUGAGCUGCUGACCUUUCCUCCAAGCGUCAUCCUCUCUCCUCUCAGCAAGUCUGUAGAAGCUGCGGUCACCCCGAUGCGGCUGGCAGCAGCUCAGGAGUCAAGCUCUUCAUCGUUGCUCCUGACUCCAGAAGAAACCAGCACCCCUCCGGCUGACUUCGCUCCACUUUACAGUGUCGAUGCGUACCGCACACAACGACAGAGUAAGCUACCCGCCACUCAGGGCGUGACUCCAGCUGCUCAGAGACGGGCCACAGAGGUGUCCGAGCCCCAGCCGUUGGUCAACACCAAGGAGAGAAUAGCCGCUCUUAAUGAAGAAGCCGUGAAGCUGCAGACCGUGAUCAGCCAGACCCUACAAGCUCUGAGCUGCUGCACUGAUGAAGACCAUGGACGCGGCUCGCUGGAGGAGGCUGAAGCUGAGAAACUUCUGCUGGUCUCCUGUGAGAAACGCUCUGCCCUGCUGGCAGAGGUAACCAGACUGAGGGAGGAGAAGAGCUCAGAGUCUGAAGGGGCUUCAACAGAGGAGCAGCAGCCCUGCAGAGGGACGGUCAGCAUCACAAACAUCCAGCUGCCUCUCAAGGUGGAGUUUGUCUGCUCGUCGCAGAACCGCGCAGGACGACCAAGCCACUACUUCUUCGUUCUAAUCCGAUACGGGCCCUGCCACAUCGUUGCCACGCCGCUGGCUACAGCAGCCGAUGCCCGAAGCGGAGACGCCAUCUCCUUCCCAACAUCGGUCACGCUGAAGGACAUCCGCCCUGGUUUUGAGAUUGAAGUGGAAGUCUACAGCCUGUCUCAUUCUUCAGGCACCAACAGCAGCGCAGAUCGACCCGGCGCUAAGUCACGAGUGACGCCCAGAAAGCUCCUGAAUACCAUCACAAAAUCCGGUUACAGCUUGACAAGUUCUUCUCAGACGUCACUCAGUCGUCGCUCCAGUAACUUUUGUCUGGUCGGCUCCCACACGAUCAGCUUAGCCUCGCUAGGAAGCAACAAAUUCCCGCUGGAUAAGAUGAAAUUUGAAGGCAAAAUCAGGAAGCUGCUGGGAGAUGAGUUUCAGGAAAAGGUGCCUUUUCUUUCACCUCUAGAGGGCAACAUCUACCUGAAGCUGGACAGCGAGGGUCACUCUGAUGUCCGACACCAAGGCUUCCUGACCGUGUUUGACCUGAUCAGUGGAUUUGGCGUGUGGAACCGCAGGUUUUUUGUCCUGCAGGGAUGUGAUCUGUUCUACUGGAACCACCCAAAUGACAGAGAAACAAAGGAAGCAGAGGGCAGCAUCUCUCUGUCCAAGUUCCCCAGUCAGUGCGUCAGGCCUGUUAACAGAGACUCCUGCGCGCGACCUUUCACCUUUGAACUGGCGAACGAGGUUAGGCUGCAGGAGGAUCAAAACCAGGAACCACUGUCCAGGUGUUGGUUCUCCGCUGACACCAAGCAGGAGAGGCUGGACUGGAUGGAGAAGCUUAACCAAGUCCUGUUGGACUUCCACACGUGGAACCGAGCCCGACCAGAACCUCAGCAGCAGAACACGACCAGCAGUGGAAACCAGUGAAGGAGGGAAUCCUGCAACAUGUUUUUCCUACGUUUUCUGUGACCCAUGAAGGGGUCCUGGAGUCACCUGGCAGGUAGACGAGCCUCUGCUGAAAAGAUGAAACGUCUCAUCUUGUUGGGAGAUAUUUGAUUCAUUUCCUUUUGUGUUUCUUUUCAUCUGAAUCCGAUCAUUGUUGGUUUUUAUUUUAUGAACACAGCUGAUUAAUUUGAGUUUAAUGAUAUUGGAACUUAUUAAAAUCUGCUUUUAUUUUGAAUUUUUGGGGAGCACUCGGCUGCUUUAGCCUUUAUUGGCUGCAUUUGGUCACUUUCAGUCAUUUUGUUGACAUUUAUCUCCGUAGCCUGUUUACUUUUGUUUACUUAUUUGGAUUCAGAUCCCGUUUUUGGAUAAAACAAUCAUCAGGAUACUAAUAAAUAAAAUUCUAACUAAUAAACCUUAAAGAAUGGGAGUAGACUACACACUAAAUAUAUAGAACUAAUUAUUUUUUAUUCUAUAUGCGUAUAAUUUUUAUUAACUUGAUUUGGGACAGAUUGAGAGUGAAGGUUAACGCAGGUGACCGUUCCCAGAGCCGUUAUUCCAGCUGCUUUGGGGGGUUUGGGGAACGCAUCCCAGGGAAGGCACCGUGUUUUUAUCCGUGCUCUUUAACGAAGCGAGAUGAGCGCGCCUCUUCUUCCAAAUCCUUCUUUCUUUUACAGAAUUGAUCUUUUCCCUGCAGAAACAUUUAAUGAAAGUUAUUAUUUUGCAUCUUGUUUGUUCUCCUUCUCAGAUACUGAACACGCGUAUCCCCAGAUAGCGACACGUGUAACUCAUUAUAUUUGGUGAAGUUAAAAUGAUUUGCUGCUGAAAUGAAUGUGAUCUUUACUUUCCCACCUCUGUCGGUCCCUUUGUUAUAAACCUUGUAUGUAUUUUAAUUCUUUGCACUGAACUUACAAUAAAACUGAUUGAAAAGGCUUCAAAA